CCUCUCACUCUCUUCCACACUUCUCUAUCAUCAAAGUCUCUUCCUUUCUCCGUUCUUUGUCUUCUCUAACAACUUCCAUUCUUGUUUGAGUGUGUUGUUUCAUAAGGGUAAUCCAAAUGGCAAAGGAUGUUGAAGUUGCUGAACGUGGCUCUUUCUCUAACAAAGACUACCAUGACCCUCCACCAGCACCACUCAUUGAUGCUGAAGAACUCACAAAAUGGUCCUUUUAUAGGGCUCUUAUUGCUGAGUUCAUUGCAACUUUACUUUUCCUUUACGUUACUGUUUUGACUGUGAUUGGUUACAGUAUUCAAACUGAUGUUAAAGCUGGUGGUGAUGCUUGUGGUGGUGUUGGAAUUCUUGGUAUUGCUUGGGCUUUUGGUGGCAUGAUCUUUGUCCUUGUUUACUGCACUGCUGGAAUUUCAGGUGGUCACAUUAACCCAGCAGUGACAUUUGGGCUAUUUUUGGCUCGUAAGGUGUCUUUGAUCAGAGCAAUUAUGUACAUGGUGGCUCAGUGUUUAGGAGCUAUUGCUGGAGUUGGGUUGGUUAAGGCUUUUCAAAGUGCUUACUUUGAUAGAUAUGGUGGUGGUGCUAAUUUUCUCCAUGAUGGUUACAGUACUGGUGUUGGAUUAGGUGCUGAGAUUGUUGGUACCUUUGUUUUGGUUUACACCGUUUUCUCUGCCACUGAUCCUAAGAGAAGUGCUAGAGAUUCACAUGUGCCGGUUUUGGCACCACUUCCCAUUGGCUUUGCUGUAUUCAUGGUUCAUUUGGCAACCAUCCCAGUCACUGGCACUGGCAUCAAUCCUGCUAGAAGUCUUGGUUCUGCUGUUAUCUACAACAAAGAUAAGCCCUGGGAUGACCAUUGGAUCUUUUGGGUUGGACCAUUCAUUGGGGCAGCCAUUGCAGCCUUCUACCAUCAAUUCAUCUUAAGAGCAGGUGCUGUUAAAGCUCUUGGAUCAUUCAGGAGUAACCCUACUGUUUAAGUGCACUGUUCUUCCUCUUCAUCAUGGUUUUAAUGGAAAAGAAGAUAAUUGAAGAGAUGGAUUAAUUGAUGAUAUUUGUUUUGUAUUUGCAACACCUCUUCAAUUGUGUCUUCAAGAUUGUGGAUAAGUGUAAAUUAAAGUCUCUUUCGUUACAGGGGGAGCCUUUUUACACUUUCCUCUGUAUUCUCUUUAGUGUGUCAUCUUUUCUUUUUUAAGUUAUUCUCUUCUGUGAUCCUUUGUACUCAUAUUUAUUAUGGUAAAAUAUUUUAAGUUUAAAUUAUCUA